CUUCUUCUGGACCCGUCUCCUCUCCUCCUCUCUUCCUCUCUCCAACGUUUGGGGGUGUUAUGGAUGGGUGAAGAAGAAGAAGAAGAAGAAGAAGAAGGCCCAUCAAUCCCAUGAAAGCUAUUUCCUCACCACUCUCUCAGUGGCCUUCUAAGAUUGUGGCCAGAAGCAAGAAGUCAUCCCAACAACCUUCUCCUUACAAGGGCUCUGAGUCAACUCCUCCGAGAAUAACGACAAAUGUCAAGCAGAAUUUGCAGUUUUUAAAGUUAUGGAAGGAGUUCCAAAAGAGAAAGUCUAGCACACCUAAGCCCGCUACUAGUUACCGCAGAAAGAAAGUGCAGAAAGAUGACCUUCCAGAAGACACAGAGCUCUAUCAUGAUCCUACUGUGACCCUUUACUAUACAAAUCAAGGUAUAGACACUGCAGUACCCGUUUUGCUUGUUGACGGGUAUAAUGUAUGUGGCUAUUGGAUGAAGCUGAAGAAACAUUUUGUGAAUGGAAGACUCGAUAUUGCUCGCCAAAAGCUUAUUGAUGAACUGGUAACCUUCAGUCUGCUAAGAGAGGUGAAAGUGGUUGUUGUAUUUGAUGCCAUGAUGUCUGGACUCCCUACGCACAAGGAAAAUUUUGCUGGGAUUGAUGUAGUAUACUCAGGUGAAUCAUGUGCUGAUGCAUGGAUUGAAAAGGAGGUUGUAGCUUUGAGGGAGGAUGGAUGCCCAAAAGUUUGGGUUGUGACAUCUGAUAAUUGUCAGCAACAAGCAGCACAUGGAGCAGUAUGCAUUUUCCUCAUAGGAGCCUUUGUUUGGAGUUGCAAGGCAUUGGUUUCUGAGAUCAAAGCUUCACACAAGGAAGUUGAAAGGAUGCUUCAAGAACAAAGAUCUACUUCAAUGCAAGGUAAAUUACUAAAGCACAAUCUUGAUGCGGAAGUUGUAGAUGCUCUGAAGGAUCUGAGGAAGAAGCUAUCAGAAAAUGAGUUGACAUAGCCGAUCAGGUUUCCUUGGACCAUGCUUCUGAAAAUGCAGCUUGGUUUUAUUUUCCCUCUGCUUCCUCUACAUUUUGAUCUCAACUUAGGUUUAUCUGAAUUUUCUUGUUAUCAACAUAUAAGAAGCUUGUUUCACCGACUUUAAGCAGUUAUAUUGAUUCACUAGAGUGCAUAACUAAUUCUUUUACACACUGCAAUCCCAGAGUUUCCUGUUUAGUGAAAACUAUGUACCAGGAUGACUUCUCAUGUAAAAAAUGGUUAAUGUUAAUCAGAUCAGCUUCCUUGAACA